CAACAUAAAAUCCUUAUCCUCUUUGUCUUUCUCCCUCUCACUUCUCUCUCUCUCUCUACUUUCUCUCUCAUCUGCAUACCUGCAACGAAUAAGCUCGUUAAUGGAGUCUCAGAUCUAAUAUAGACGACGCCGUUUCCCUUUCCUCUGCUUCCUCUCUCUCUCUCUCUCUCUCUCUCUCUCUCUCUCUCUCUGUUUCGCUGUUUAUCCAGCUGCUUCGAAUCGAGAGCAGUCGGAAGAGCGACGUCGUUUUAGUGCUUUUCGACCUGAUUGAGAUGCGGGAAAUGCAGAGAAUGGUGAACUCGUUUCCCGAGGAGGUUCUGGAGUACGUGUUCUCGUUCAUACAGACUGACCAGGACCGGAACUCGAUCUCGACGGUGUGCAAGUCGUGGUACGAGAUCGAACGGUGGUGCAGGCGGAGGAUUUUCAUCGGGAACUGCUACGCCGUCAGCCCCAGGAUGCUGAUCAGGCGGUUCCCGGACGUUAGAUCCAUUGAGCUCAAAGGAAAGCCUCACUUCGCCGACUUCAAUCUGGUCCCGGAAGGCUGGGGUGGGUACGUGUACCCUUGGAUCGCCGCCAUGGCCAGCGCCUACCCUUGGCUUGAAGAGAUCAAGCUCAAGAGGAUGGUCGUCACCGACGAGACCUUGGAGCUGAUUGCCAAGUCCUUCAAGAAUAUGAAGCUCCUCGUGCUUUCGUCCUGUGAGGGAUUCAGUACUGACGGACUCGCCUCCAUUGCUGCCAAUUGCAGGAAUCUACGGGAGCUGGACUUGCAUGAGAGCGAUGUGGAGGACCUGAGUGGGCAUUGGCUGAGCCAUUUUCCUGAUACAUACACGUCACUUGUGUCCCUUAACAUUGCUUGCUUGGGGUCUGAGUUGAGUUUCUCUGCCCUGGAGCGCCUGGUGGCUAGGUGUCCCAACCUGAGGAGUCUCCGGCUCAAUCGUUCCGUGCCUCUUGACAGGCUAGCCAAUCUACUUCGCCUGGCACCUAGGCUGACUGAGUUAGGCACAGGGGCCUACUCAGCUGAGUUGCGGCCUGAUGUCUUCGCAAUCCUAUCACGUGCCAUCUCAGGAUGCAAGGAACUCAAGAGCCUAUCUGGAUUUUGGGAUGUGGUACCAACAUAUCUUCCAGCUAUUUAUUCUAUCUGCCCUGGGCUAACAUCACUAAAUUUGAGUUAUUCCACAAUUCAAAGCCCGGAUCUUGUAAAGCUUGUUAGCCAAUGCCCGAAUCUGCAGCGCCUCUGGGUAUUGGAUUACAUUGAAGAUGUUGGCCUUGAUGCCCUGGCGGAAUCUUGCAAGGAUCUACGAGAGUUAAGGGUGUUUCCCUCGGAUCCAUUUGUGGUGGAACCAAAUGUGUCCUUGACAGAGCAGGGCCUCAUAUCUGUUUCUGAGGGCUGUCCAAAGCUCCACUCAGUUCUGUACUUCUGCCGGCAAAUGUCCAAUGAUGCAUUAAUCACCAUUGCUAGGAACCAGCCUAACUUUACAUGUUUUCGUCUUUGUAUAAUUGAGCCCAAAAUUCCCGACUACCUGACCCUUCAGCCCCUUGAUGUGGGUUUUGGGGCCAUUGUUGAGAACUGCAAGAAUCUCCGGCGAUUGUCCGUUUCUGGUCUACUAACUGAUCAAGCAUUUGAUUAUAUCGGAACCUAUGGUAAAAAGUUGGAGAUGCUGUCUUUAGCCUUUGCCGGAGAUAGUGACUUGGGGCUUCAUCAUAUAUUGUCUGGGUGCGAUAAUCUUCGGAAAUUGGAGAUCAGGGAUUGUCCUUUUGGUGACAAGGCUCUUUUGGCCAAUGCUGCAAAGCUGGAGACAAUGCGAUCCCUUUGGAUGUCUUCAUGCUCAGUGAGUUAUGGAGCAUGUAAGCUACUUGGCCAGAGGUUGCCGAGGCUAAAUGUUGAAGUUAUUGACGAGAGGGGGCACCCAGAAUCCAGGCCGGAGAGCUCUCCCGUUGAGAAGCUCUACAUCUAUAGGUCCGUUGCAGGGCCAAGGUUUGACAUGCCUGGUUUUGUUUGGACCAUGGAUGAAGAUUCGGCAUUGAGGGUUACUUGACACGGACGAAUCUCCACGAUUCAAACCCUCUGGAUGUCUUGGAUGGAUGUUGGCAGGUACACACUCAUAUAUGGUACUUCAAUUGUUUCGCGUUUAAUUUCAUGUGUACGGUAGCUCAAUAUAUAUGCAGCUCUGAUUGAAGCGUGAGGCGGCGGGGGUAGGGAGGAGGAGGUAUACAGAGGCUCGAGAGCUCGAUCGCCAUCAUUUUACCAUUGGCUGAGCUAUGGGAUACCAGUUAGCGAUUAAUAAAGAGAUUGAAAAUUCGAAACUCCUGUUGUUGCAAUGUAUUGAACUGAACAGAGAUGUAUGAUUUUUUUUCUUCUAUUCGGCGUAGCCACCAUUGUCUACACUAUGCAGACUUUUGCAUAUGUUUUUAUGUGGCCCUUUUUUUUCAACAGGAAGUAAUUGCCGUGUGAACCCCAAAUGUAACAUUGUUAGCCUUCUCAGCAAAUAAAGCUUCAUGUUUUUCAAUUGUAA